CGACAACGUUGAGAUAUAAUUCUUUUCCCCACCAACCGCCGACGAUGCUCGCACGAGCCCAGCCUUCGACGCCCAAGAGCGCGUCCAUCAUUACAAAGAAGAUCCCAGGCGUGGACGUCGAAGCCUUCUUGCACUCGCCCCGCGAGUCCCUGAGCAUUGACGCUGCAGCCGCUGAAGAGGACGACUGCGACCACCCGAGUUGUAAAGGGUGUCAAGCGCUGCUGACCGAAAACCAACUGCUAAGGGAGCUCCUACUGCGCACGUCCACAGACGCGCAGCAGAUCAUCAACGCAUUCGAGAAGCAAAGCGACUUUCAGCGCCUUCGGUUCGAAACCGUCCUCAAGCCCAAAGGCCCUGCGCGCAAUGCGAGCCUGAGCUCGCCGUCGAAGCAAACCAAAGCUCCGGGACAGCUGUCGCUACCAAUGACGCCCGACAUCUUUCGCAAGCUCUCGACUCCCGCGGCGCAGGAACUGGUAAAGGUCCACCCCGAAUUCAAGGAGCUCUACGACGUCGCGACGACGUGCAAGGGCAGUCUUUUUGAGCGUAUCGUAAACUCGGACAUGUUCUCGGACGACCAAAAGAAGAAGCAGAUCCAGCUCUCAACCAUGCGGCAGUUAGAGCUCAACACGCUUGACAUCCAAGCCAAGUCACCGCGUGCAAGCAAGCGCGAGAGCCAGAGCAGCGGGCAAAAGAGCCCUCAGCGUCUCCCCAUUUCGCCUGAGGCCGCCGGCGACGACUACUUCAAGCUCUCCAACGACUUCGUCGCGUCACUGCGCCAAUAACGGACCGGCGCUUCGGCUUUGCAUACGAUGCUCGCAGUGUCCACUUCAUUAUUCUUAAUCCUGUUCAACACAACUUGACCAGCCACAGAGCUAAAUCCUAGGAAUUACGUCGUGUUGAACCGAGCG